UGAGAUACGACUUGAGCUGAAAUUAAGAGAUGCUUAACCGACUGAGCCAGCCAGGUGCCCCCUAUUUUCUGGUUUGAGCAACUGAAUGUAACUGCUCACGGGUAGCAUAGUGGGAAAGAAUAGCUUUAGACUCAAGCAAGUUAUCUGACUUCUUUUAGGCUCCGUUUCCUCUUUUAAGGAGCAAAUAACAAUACUUAAACCUUCUGUAAUCUUUUGAUUACAACUCCCAAUUGGGAAAGGGACAAGAUCUUGCUUUGGAUUCAGAGCUUGUCGGCUGACUUCAUUUCUCACAUAUGCCGUGAACAGUGCCUUUGCUCAUGUCUUCCCUUCCCAUUCUUUCCACUAUUCUCUCAUUUUAAAAUCCUUCCAUAUUGUCUCCAUUCCCUCUCAUUCCCCCGCUUGCAGCCGGACUAAUUUGUCCUGCUCUUAACUUCCAUUGCUUCUAAAGCAGUGGGUUUUUUGUUCUGUUUUGUUUUUUAAUGGCACAAUUUUCUACCAGGUGUUAAAGCAAAGUAGGAAAACCUUAUUGAUGUUUAAAUUCUUCAGACCUGCCCAGGAGUCAAUUUCUGUUCCUACUGAGAGGCUUAAUUAGCAUGACUGCCGGCUCCCAGAAUCAUCCCUAUAGGAAUGGUAAUAGGAAAAUGCUGUGAGAAACAGACUGGUGAUGUGGUGUGUUUUGAACUGUGUGUGUGUUUGUGUAUGGGGAGGCGGCUUUGGUCUGGGACAGGAGAAUAAAACCAUGGGGGAAGGACUGUUGGAAUACUGCUCUAGUUUCUUCCUUGCCUCAAUACGUUGGAAUUUCCUUUUUCUACGCUUGCGACCCUGAGCUAACCUUAGUCCAGCUCUCAGUGAAUCAGGGCAUUACAGAAGCAUACACUUGUGAGCAGCUGAUGAAAAACAGGCGAAGACUGACCUUAGACAGCACUUCUCUUUUACCUUCUGAGUCCUUAGGUCUCCUCAGAUCCUAUCAUAGUGCUGCUUCUCCUUGGGGAACAAAGGAUAAGUCUUUGAUCUGGGUAGUGAGUGAAUGGGGUGAAGAGUGAGUAUGGUUUUCUGGUGCUUGGGUCUUUCUACUUUUGUACUUCGUAUUUCUUUUUUUUUUUUUUAAACUUUAUUUUAAUUUUUUUAUUUUUGAGUAAUUUUCACACCUAUGGGGCCUGAAUUUAACCCCGAGGUCAAGAGUUGCACUCUCUUCUGGCUGAGCCCUACUACCCUACUACUUAUUUUCUACCUUACUACAGUUUGCUGCAGCUUAUAAGGGCUGGAAUCUGGUCUUGCCCCAUAUUCUUUGCCUUUCAGAGUGUCUCCUGCCCUCUAGGGAAGAAUAACAAAGACAGUUGAGAACAGGUAUUUCAGGAGAAGAAUAAUGUAUAAGUUUCAUUGGAACAGAAAUAAUAGAACAGAUGGACAUAGAGUUUAAAGUUAGAAUGAUUUAUCAGCAGACGGCAAUUUCUUCACUGCCAAAAUGACCUCACUUUCCACCUCUGCCCAGUGUUCAACUUCUGACAGUGCUUGCAGGAUCUCUCCAGAACAGACCAAUCAGGUACGACCAAAACAGCCACUUUUGAAGAUUUUGCAGGCAGCAGGUGCACAAGGAGAAAUGUUCACUGUUAAAGAGGUCAUGCAUUAUCUCGGCCAGUACAUAAUGGUGAAGAAGCUUUAUGAUCAGCGGGAGCAGCAUAUGGUGUAUUGUGGCGGAGAUCUUUUAGGAGAACUGCUAGGACGUCAGAGCUUCUCCGUGAAAGAUCCAAGCCCUCUCUAUGAUAUGCUAAGAAAGAAUCUUAUCACUUUAGCCUCUGCUACUACAGAUGCUGCUCAGACUCUCGCUCUCGCACAGGAUCACAGUAUGGAUAUUCCAAGUCAAGACCAACUGAAGCAAAGUGCAGAAGAAAGUUCCAAUUACAGGAAAAGAACAGAAGAAGGCAAUAUUCCUGCACUGCCUACCUCACAUCAUAAAUGCAGAAGUUCUAGAGAAGAUGAAGACUUCAUAAAAAACUUAACCCAAGAUGAGACAUCUAAGCUGGACCUUGGGUUUGAGGAGUGGGAUGUAGCUGGGCUGCCUUGGUGGUUUUUAGGAAACCUGAGGAGCAACUAUACACCUAGAAGUAAUGGCUCGACUGAUUUACAGACAAAUCAGGAUAUAGGUACUGCCAUUGUUUCAGACACCACAGAUGACUUGUGGUUUUUGAAUGAGUCUGUAUCAGAGCAGUUUGGUGUGGGAAUAAAAGUUGAAGCUGCAGACACUGAAGAAACAAGUGAAGAAGUAGGGAAAGUAAGAGACAAAAGGGUGCUUGAAGUGGGAAAAAAUGAUGACCUUGAGGACUCUAAGUCCCUAAGUGACGAUACUGAUGUAGAAGUUACCUCUGAGGAUGAGUGGCAGUGUACUGAGUGCAAGAAAUUUAAUUCUCCAAGCAAGAGGUACUGUUUUCGUUGCUGGGCGUUGAGGAAGGAUUGGUAUUCGGAUUGUUCUAAGUUAACGCAUUCUCUCUCCACGUCCGAUAUCACUGCCAUACCUGCUGAAAAGAAGGAAAAUGAAGGACUUGAUGUCCCCGAUUGCCGGAGAACCAUAUCAGCUCCGGUUGUGAGACCUAAAGAUGUAUGUACAAAGGAAGAAAAAAACCCCAGACUUUUUGAUCCUUGCAGCUCGGUGGAAUUCUUGGAUUUGGCCCACAGUUCUGAAAGCCAAGAAACAAUAUCAAGCGUGGGAGAGCAAUCCGAUAACCUUUUUGAACAGAGAACAGAUGCAGAAAACAUGGAGGAUUGUCGGAAUCUCUUGAAGCCAUGUAGUCUGUGUGAGAAGAGGCCACGAGACGGGAACAUUAUUCAUGGGAGGACAGGGCAUCUUGUCACUUGUUUUCACUGUGCCAGAAGAUUAAAGAAGGCUGGGGCUUCCUGCCCUAUAUGCAAGAAAGAGAUUCAGUUGGUUAUUAAGGUUUUCAUAGCGUAGCUGACUCAGUGAGUUGGAGAGAAAUAUUAACAGGGCAGGUGUGUAUCAAAAUGUCAGUAUUGAACAUCUCUACUCAUCAUAACCCUCUGUAUCUGUUUAUUUAUUUAUGUAAACAUCUCUGUGUCACAUUUUUGCUUCUACCUGUAGAGGGAAUUUGACAGUGAGUUCUUUAGAACUAGAUUAUCAAUUUGGGGGAUGGACUCCAUUAACAUGAAAAGAUACGUUAACCACUUCAUUCUCUCUCUAAAGAUGAGGAUCUGGGAGAAGCCAGUACAAACAAAAGUACUUUAAUUCAUUCACUUACUGAGUUACUUGAAGAUUUACUCUUCCUUCAGUUAAUUUUAUUCCCUAGCCUUUUUUUUUCUCUUAGGGAAUGGUUUUAGGCACCCAAAUCUAAUACUUAGAAAAGUAUUAGAGCUAACAGUGGGAAAAAAAAAACCCAAACAAGUAAUUUGAUUAGUCCGGUUGUGAAAUGCUGUAAAUCGCUUUAUGGUUGCUAUCGGUCCACGCAGUUUGGAUGAGCCCAAAGAAAAGUCUUGAAAAACGAGAUUUUUUCCAUGUGUGCCUAGAACGCUGAGCAUUUUUGCUAACAUAUCCCUGAAAGAAUUUUGAAAAACUAUAUGUAACCUUUUGCACAUUUUACACCCUAGGAUAUGAUUAGCAAAUAGUGUGUUCCCUUCUGGUGAGUUGUAGACACCUGAGUACCCAACCUAAAACAAGUUACUCCAAGAGGACAGUUUUGUCCCUUGUAACCCUUCUCAAACAGUUUCUCGAGAACUCCCAUUUCAUGGCUCUCAUUCUAGGGUAGUUUUCCUUUUGCACAUGUUUAAUGUGACAUCUAAAUUUUUAAAAAUAAAUUUAAGUACUUAACAAAGGAUACCCUAUCCAGUAUAUUGUAUAUGUGCCUUAAAAAUAUUUUUCUAAAAGUUUUAGAGUUGUAGAUUUAGCUGAUUGAAUUCAUAAGAAAAGUCCUGUCAUAAAAAGUAGCAAAGACUGCUCUCAUAUUAAAACUCGACCAGCCAAAUCAGAUUCCCUUCAGUCAGAAAAUGUUUGACUUUAAUUCAAAUAAAAGCAUUAACACAUUUCUGGCACAACCUUCUCAAUUACAUUUCUAAGAUAGAUGAGGUACAGAGAUUUUAAUCUAAGCUCUCUUUGCUUUACUCUGUCCUCAUUGUCCCUUGAAAAUUCUGGUUUUUUUUCCCUUAUUGUUCUUUUGUUUGAUGCCUCUAGGUGUUUUACAAUCUGAAGCGAUGCCCAGUAGUAAGAUUCUAGAUGGGUGUGAGUCAGCCUUUCAAAUACAGAGUAUGGCAGUUGUGAAAAUGAAAAUAAUUAAAAAUGUUAGGUCUGAAGGAGCAUUAUAUGAGCAUAUGGAAAUUGAAGAUCUUUAAGCUGAUGUUCUUAUAUAUAUACCCCUGUCUGCCUUCCCCAUUGAAAAAAUCUCAGUGUAUGCUCAGGGGUUUGCAUAUGAGAUUUUGAAGACCAUAGCCUACUGGAAUUAACAAAUUUAUGGAUCAUAAAAAUCACCUGGGUUGCUUGUUAAGAAAAACUCAAGUCAAAAAAAAAAAAAAAAAAAGGAAAAAGAAAAAAAAAUGAAUU